AUUGAGCUCCAGCCUUGCCGCUGUAGUGAGUGAGUGAGUGAGUGAGACAGAUAGCGCGCGCGUCGUAGUAAAGUGCACGCUACUAUGAAGUUGUCUUUGUAACUUAAUUGUUUCAACUUGUGCGGCCGCGAUAGGAGGUUAUAUCGUUUUUACGGCAUACACGGACAUUUAACAGAGGAUUCUGCUUUAUUUCAAGGGGGUUUAAACAAAAAAACGAUGUCGUCCGCAGCGGUAGCUGCCUCGCGCAGGCAGUCGUGUUAUUUAUGCGACUUGCCCCGCAUGCCGUGGGCUAUGAUCUGGGAUUUUACUGAGCCCGUGUGCAGAGGAUGUGUGAACUACGAAGGGGCCGACAGGAUCGAGUUUGUCAUCGAAACGGCGAGGCAGCUCAAGCGAGCUCACGGCUUUCAGGAUGGCAGACAGUCGGGACCCGUUAAACAGUUGUCGGGGAAAGAGAUUCACGCGCCGGGAGACCCCGGCUCGCGCCCGCCGCAGCCUCUCGAUCGUUACGAUCGCCCGCCCAGACUGGGACCUGAGUAUCAGUCCGCGCGGCAGGCGAAUGGCAUCCCCGUGCCAAACGGAUUCUCAAAACCAGACGAUCCUCCGGAGCUCAACCGCCAGAGUCCGAACCCGCGCAGGACUAGCGCCGUUCCGCCCAAUUUAGUGCCUUUGGUGAACGGCGGGAUGAUGAACGGCAGACCGCCGCAGAUGGCUGGUCUCAGUCAGGCGGAGCUCGGAAAUAAGCGGCCAGCCUCCGUCUCUAGCACGGAGCACGAGAAGGACAAACACCGACCUGACAGCAUGACACCAGAGAUCAGCGACAGCCAUAAGAGCCGGGACGACUGGUUGAACAAGAACAAAACGGUUCGGGAUCUGAUGACGCUGAACCCGUACGAUAGCAGAUUCAAGAAGGAGCACAUGCAGCAAAGGGUGUAUGAAAGCAGCAGUAGCAGCACUCCUGCCUCAAAAUCUGAUAGAGGCAAGCAUCCCAAGAAUUUAAAGAGGAAAGCUUCUCCAGAGCCAGACGGGGAGGGCAACGUGAAGAUUAACGGGGACGGACAGCCGUGGCUUCCGGCGCCAGGAGACGGCUUAAAAAUGCCACCCGUGCCGCCACCUAGCUUCGCCGCCCUGCCAUCCACGUUAUCCCCGCACCCUCGCACCACCCCGCCAGAGGCCGCAGGCACCGUGGCUCAGAACGGACAGUCUCCCAUGGCGGCACUCAUUUUGGCCGCAGAUAACGCCGGUGGCAACAGCUCGCCGAAGGACGCCAACCAGGUCCACUCUACGACGCGCAGGAACAGCAGCAGCCCGCUGUCCCCCAACCAUCAGCGACUGGCACGGUCUAGCGCCACGCCGCACGGGCCGAACAUGGAUCCGGGUCAUCCUCAGAGCAUUCCGGACUCGUCUGUUCCCAACAGCAUUCCGCUCUGCUGCACGCUGUGCCACGAGAGACUGGAGGACACGCACUUUGUCCAGUGUCCCUCUGUGCCAUCGCACAAGUUUUGCUUCCCGUGCUCUCGGGAGAGCAUCAAACAGCAAGGCGCCACCGGAGAAGUGUACUGUCCGAGCGGUGAGAAAUGCCCGCUGGUGGGCUCAAACGUACCUUGGGCGUUCAUGCAGGGCGAAAUAGCCACCAUACUCGCAGGGGACGUCAAAGUAAAAAAGGAGAGGGACCCUUGAUUACGUCAUGGCGUAUAUUUUCAUUUACCCUUUUGAAAAUAUUCAAAAAAUAUUGAUCUAUAUAAACAUAUAAAUACGAAUAUCACAUACGCAUACCAUCCGAACAGAAACUAACGGACAUGUAUAUAAUGAACAUAAGGGACGUGAACUCUUCGUAAACAUUGCUGUACAUUUUUUUGAUUACAUUGUGUUUCUAUAUUUUUUGAAGAUAAAAGGUAUGUACUCAUUAUAACGGACUGCGUUCUUCUUUGUCAAUGUUUAACGAUUUCUUGAUGUAUUUUUGGUUAUGGUGGCAGUUCCUGUUUAAACGUAGGAUAUGACUAAUGCAACUCUACGAGCACUUGGCAAACAUUGAAAAAUGCUUCUAGCUGUACUUGUAUGCACUUGUUUAAAAUUGCCAAAUACAUUUUCUGAUCUUGUAUUAA